GCGCUUGUUAAACAACAGGGAAAGAACACACAGAAGAAAUCUUGACCACCAGUCAUUGCCGGUGCUGCAUCACUGACAGCCCCAGUGAAACAUAUCAGCAUGGAGACGCCGGGUAGGAUAGCCCUGACAGCGGACGCUCUGGACUUCACCGUAGAGAAUGUGGAAAAGGCUCUUCAUCAGUUGUAUUACGACCCUAACAUUGAGAACAAAAACCUGGCACAGAAGUGGCUGAUGCAGGCCCAAGUGUCGCCCCAGGCGUGGCAGUUCUGCUGGGCCUUGCUGAGCCCAGAUAAGGUUCCGGAGAUCCAGUACUUUGGGGCAAGCGCCUUGCACACCAAGAUCUCGCGUUACUGGGGCGACAUCCCGGCUGAGCAGUACGACUCGCUCAAGUCGCAGCUUUUUUCCCAGAUCGCCUGCUUCGCCUCGGGCUCCAAAAUUGUGCUGACGCGCCUCUGCGUGGCCCUGGCGUCGCUCGCCCUCAACAUGAUGCCCGAGGCGUGGCCCGGCGCAGUCUCGGAGAUGGUGCGCAUGUUCCAGGAGGAAGGCGGGGCGGUGGACGGCCGCGCCCGCUGCCUCGCCCUCCUGGAGCUUCUCACGGUCUUGCCAGAAGAGUUCCAGACCAGCAGGCUGCCGCAGUACCGUAAGGGGCAGGUGAGGGGCGCUCUAGGGCGCGAGUGGGCAGCCGUGUACCCGCUGCUCCAGCAGCUGCUCCGACAGCCAGACUCGCCAGACUUGGUGAAGGCACGGGUACUGAAAUGCCUGUCCAGCUGGGUGCUGCUGGACGUCCCUCUGUGCGAGAGCGAGGGAUUGGUGGAAGACAGUUUUGCAGCACUUGCCGACCCUGAGCUCUUCGACACAGCCGUGGAGGCCAUCGUUAACGCCAUCUCACAACCAGAUUCCCAGAGGUACGUGAACACUUUGCUGAAGCUGGUUCCACAGGUGCUACAGCUGCAGGAGCAGCUGAGAGAGGCUGUACAGAACGGAGACAUGGAAACCUGUCACGGAAUCUGUCGAAUCGCUGUAGCCCUGGGAGAAAACCACUCCAGGGCUCUACUGGAGCAAGUGGAGCACUGGCAGAGUUUCCUUGCCCUGGUGAAUAUGAUCAUGUUCUGCACUGGCAUUCCUGGGCACUACCCAGUCAAUGAGACCACUAGCUCCCUCACCCUCACCUUCUGGUACACAUUACAGGAUGACAUCAUGUCAUUUGAGACAGAGAAACAGGCAGUGUAUCUGCAGGUUUACAGGCCGGUGUAUUUCCAGCUGGUGGAUGUUCUGCUACAUAAGGCCCAGUUCCCCUCUGAUGAAGAGUACGCCUCUUGGUCUUCAGAUGAGAAGGAACAGUUUAGGAUCUACAGGGUGGACAUAUCAGACACGUUGAUGUAUGUGUAUGAGAUGCUGGGAGCAGAGCUGCUCAGUAACCUGUAUGACAAGCUUGGCAGACUACUCACCAAUGCAGAACAGCCCACGUCCUGGCAGCACACAGAGGCUCUGUUGUAUGGUUUCCAGUCCAUUGCCGAGACCAUAGACGUGAAUUACUCUGACGUUAUCCCAGGCCUCAUUGGCCUCAUUCCCCGAAUCAACAUCAACAACGUUCAGCUGGCAGAUACCGUCAUGUUUACAAUAGGAGCGUUGGCGGAGUGGUUGGCCGAUCACCCGGUGAUGUUGAGUAGUGUGUUGCCCCUGGUCCUACAGGCUCUGGGAAAUCCGGACCUGUCGGUGUCUAGCGUGUCCACUCUGAAGAAAAUCUGCCGUGAAUGCAAAUACGACCUGCCGCCUUACGCCACCAAUAUAGUGGCCGUCUCCCAGGAAGUUCUUGUUAAACAGAUCCACAAGACGAGUCAGUGCAUGUGGUUGAUGCAGGCUCUAGGUUUUCUGUUGUCUGCUCUACCAGUGGAUGAGAUCCUGAGGAACCUCCACUCCCUCAUCACACCAUACAUUCAGCAGUUAGAGAAGCUCUCUGAGGAAACGCCAAACCCAUCUAAUAAACUGGCCAUCAUCCACAUUCUGGGUCUUCUCUCAAACCUCUUCACCACACUCGACAUCACCAAGCAGGAUGACGAAUCAGGAGAGAGCACGCCGCCAGUUAAAUCAACCCCGCCCCAAGCAGGACCCAACCCUGUGGUAGUGGUUCUUCAGCAAGUCUUUGCUUUGAUACAGACAGUCCUCAGCAAAUGGCUCAAUGACUCACAGGUGGUGGAGGCGGUUUGUGCCAUAUUUGAGAAGUCAGUGAAGACCCUCCUCCAUGACUUUGCCCCCAUGGUCUCUCAGCUCAGUGAAAUGCUGGGUCAGAUGUACAGCACUAUCCCACAAGCCUCAGCCCUGGACCUAACCCGUCAGAUGGUUCACAUAUUUGCCAGCGAGACGGAACACUUUCCUCCUAUCAAAGCGCUGUUUGAGCUGGUCACAUCAGUCACGCUGACCAUCUUCCAGCAAGGGCCCAGGGAUCAUCCUGAUAUUGUUGAUUCAUUUAUGCAACUCCAAGCUCAGGCCCUCAAACGGAAGCCAGAUUUAUUCUUAUCUGAGAAUCUUGACGUGAAAGCUGUCUUCCACUGCGGAGUCCUGUCUCUCAAAUUCCCAGAGGCUCCUACAGUCAAAUCCACCUGUCUGUUCUUCACGGAGUUGCUGCCUCAUUGUGCUGACAUUCCCCCCGUGGCCCAGGUGGUACAGCAGGAUGGAAAACUCCUGCUGUUGGCUGUACUGGAGGCUAUCGGCGGUCAGUCGUCUCGCAGUCUGAUGGACCAGUUUGCGGAGGUGCUCUUCUCCCUGAAUAAGCACUGCUUUGGUCUGCUGACUGUUUGGCUAAAGGAGGCCCUCGAGUCUCCAGGCUUCCCCUCCUCACGCGUCUCAGCCGAGCAGAAAGACACCUUCAGUCAGCAAGUCCUCAGAGAACGAGUGAACAAGCGGCGAGUAAAGGACAUAGUAAAGGAGUUCACCCUGGUUUGCCGAGGGCUACACGGUACGGAAUACGCGGCAGAUUAUUGAUCUGUCACCAGUCCUACUCAGAUUCCAAAGCAGCCCCAACUACAUUGCCCAGAAUCCCAACGCUGGUAUCUCAUUGGACAUUUGAACGGAAAUGCCUUCAACAACAUGAACAUGAACAGUCCCCAAUGAAAACCUGAUAGAGACUCAGAGCG